AGAGAGGUGAAAGAGACAGCCAUACUUUGGCACCUUGGCUAGUUGGCUUGCCAUGAUUGGCUCCUGAAGCUGAUUGGACAUUUCCCUCCUGUGCGCGAACACAAACACAGACGCCAGUCUAGUAUAUAAGCGAACGAAUCCAAAAGAAACUGAUCUGGGUCAUCACUGAUCAGUGUCUCUCGCAAGGUAAAGUUGCUCUGUUCGCUCGGUUCUUCUUCCAUUCUGUUUCGAGUUUGAGCGGCGGCUGUGAUGGAGGUCAGUGACGGUCAAUCGCCGGCGGAGGAGGUCAACAACAGAGUCUACGUGGCGGUGGGGAGGGACGUGCGGGAAAGCAAGUCGACCCUUUCGUGGGCAUUGGAGAAUUUCGGAGGCGACUUUCGCAUCAUUCACGUUCAUCAGCCUCGUCAGCUGAAUCCAUCUCCACGCUUGUCUUAUGGUAGUGGAUCCAGGAAUCCUCAAGAACUUGCAAGGCAAGAGAUGGAAAGCAUUCUGGAUGAGUACAUUCACAUGUGUAUCCAAGCAGAGGUUCCUGCUCAGAAAAGAUACGUUGAGACGCAAGAUAUAGGGAAAGGAAUUGUGGAACUCAUUGAGCACCAUGCCAUUACGAAACUUGUCAUGGGAGCAGCUGCAAACAGACGCUAUUUUGAGGGGAUGCAACUCACAUCCACGAAAGCGAAAUUUGUAAACCAGCAUGCACAUUCAUCUUGUCACAUCUGGUUUGUCUGCAAUGGGCACCAAAUCUACUCAAGGGAAGGUGAUUUAAACACUUUCGAUAUGGACAUCACCCCAUCAGUAUUACCAGGUAGUUCUGGUGUUGAAUCUGGACUACAAAAUGUAAGGAGUCCUCUUGGUUCAGUUCAUUCAGGAUCCAACUCUAGUGAAGUCGAAGACGAUCUAUCUUCGGUCCGGUAUGAAAGGGUUGAGAGGAGUAAUUAUAUUUCUGGACCAAAUUCCCUGCGUGAAUAUGAAGGCUACAGUCAAAACCAAAGUUAUACUGGAAUGCUUAAAGCACUUGAAGAUAUAUACAAUGAGCAGCUAAGAGUGAGGAAAGAUCUUGAGGAAUCGCUAGUGAUAGAAAAAGAAGCAUUUGAAGAGCUUAGGAAUCGACAUCAGGAACUAGAGAUGCUGUACGAAGAUGCUCUGGAAGCUAACUCUGAACUCUUGGCUAACCGUAUGAGUGAACCCUCCGGUCCACAUGGACAGGGCUUCGUUUCUGAGUUUUCUUGGUACGAACUAGAGGAAGCUACCGACAGUUUUAAUCGAUCAUUAAAGAUUGAGGAAGGGGAGUAUGGGAGCACUUAUAAAGGUUCGCUUCAUCACACGCAAGUGGCCAUAAAGAUGAUGCGCCCCUGUUAUUACCAUCAGGAGGUUCAACUUGUGACCAAGUCGAGGCAUCCUAAUUUGGUAACCCUCAUCGGAGUCUCCCCUGAUGCUACGGCUCUCAUUUAUGAGUACCUCCCGAAUGGCAGCCUUGAAGACCAACUCAGCACCAGGGACACCAGCAACCAUCUAUCUUGGCAAACUCGAAUACGUAUUUGUGCAGAUAUAUGUGCUGCGCUCAUGUUUCUUCACUCUUGCUAUGGUAUAGUACAUGGCGAUCUGAAACCAGGAAAUAUUCUUCUUGACUCCAACUUUGCGGCCAAAGUAACGAACUUUGGAUUGCGUUCUGCCCCGUCUCAUUCCCCAACGACGGGAGAGUUAUCUUUUGCCUCUGAUGUAUAUUCAUUUGGUAAUGUGUUACUGCGGCUAGUUACUGGGAGAUCGGCCCUGAAUUUAGAUGAAGUGAUGCAAAAUGCAUUAGAUGUAGGGAAUCUAAGUGCUGUCUUGGAUCCUACAGCAGGGCACUGGCCAUUCGAGCAAGCCACGGAGCUGGCUCACCUGGCAUUAAGUUGCCGUGACAUCGAUAGCGAUAAUCGACCAGAUCUCGGGUCACAGGUGUGGCCGGUACUUGAACGGAUGCGAACCCAUUGUGAAGCCUCUUUAUCCGGUCAAUCCAGUCCAGAAGAGCCCAGCCAGCCUCCACCUCAUUUCAUUUGUCCAAUCUCCAGAGACAUCAUGCGAGAUCCUCAUGUGGCGGCAGAUGGUUUCACUUACGAAGCGGAGGAAAUAAGGCGCUGGCUCAGUGGCAACAACACUUCACCCAUGACGAACUGUCCGCUCUCAACCCUCGAUCUUUUCCCAAAUCAGGUUCUCCGUUCCAUGAUUCAAGAGUGGCCGCAAAGCCGUUGAACCUUAUAGUUUUGGCAUGGAAGUGUACAUAGCCUGCGAAAAUGUUGUUGAAAACUGCAUGGAAUCUGUUUCAACUGCAUCUCUGUAUCCUGUAAGUGAGAUAACACCGUUGAAACUUUACAUCUCAUCUCCACCGAAAUGCUCUGCUUUGGCAAAUCUUCUGUCCUUAGUUGGUAUUUCCUUG